CCUUUGUGCGUUGCUGUGUUCCCUUAUCGCGAUAUCAACUCAACAUGUCGUUAUCGGAGAACAAGCAGCGGAUGGCUCGCGGCGAGCUUUACCAUGCCUUCACGCCCGAAUUGAUUGCAGAGCGAGCGAGAUGCAGACACGCCAGCGCACGUUAUAACAAUGCUGGCGAGGUCCCGCGUCGACAACUGACUGCACUAUUUCGAGACAUCAUUCAGGAUAGGACUCCUCUGCCGCCGCAGGCCUCCACAUCCGAGGACGACGACAAGUUAUUUGAGAACGAUCCUUGGAUAGAGCCACCGCUAGCUAUGGACUACGGCUACAACGUUCGUCUCGGCGAGAACGUAUUUAUUAAUUUCAACUCUGUCUUUCUAGACACGUGCUCGAUUACUGUCGGCUCCCGCACACUUGUGGGUCCGAAUGUUUCGUUUUAUUCUGCUACGCAUCCGAUGGAUCCUGUACUCCGCAACGGCACCCAGGGACCUGAACUCGGCAAAGAGAUCCAUAUUGGAGAGGAUUGUUGGAUUGGCGGCAACGUCAGCAUCCUCCCUGGCGUCAACAUUGGUAGAGGCAGUGUCGUUGGUGCGGGAAGUGUUGUUACAAAGAGUGUCCCCGAGUUUACGGUCGUGGCAGGCAACCCGGCUAGAAUCAUCCGUAAGGUCGUGACCGACAUGGAUCCUAGCCAGAAGAAGGCGGAAUGAAGACGAAAGAAACGCUUAUGCGCUACAUUAGUUCUGGACUUUAUGACACUGUUAGUGACCCAAUUAUAUACACUUACCGUGA